AGAGGAGCUCAAUUUUCUUCAUUUGAUGCAAGAUUUUCUAACCAUGGACAAGAAAGAUAUUAGUAACUCACAUUGUUAUCAGUUAACAGAAAUCUCUAGACCUUGUGAAGAAUCUUUGGUGGAGCUUUCUGGCAACACCCCCAAAUCAGCCACAACCAAAACUACUGGCCCAUCUUUAGGAUACUUGUCCAACUGCUACCCAAAUAAAACUGCCCGUCCAUGUUCAGGACAUGACAGCAAACCAGGCAAUAAUAAAACUGCCCAUCCAUCUUUAGGGCAUGACAGCAAACCAGGCCAAAAUAAAACUGCCCGCCCACCUUCAGGACAUGACAGCAAACCAGGCCAAAAUAAAACUGCCCGCCCACCUUCAGGACAUGACAGCAAACCAGGCCAAAAUAAAACUGCCCGCCCACCUUCAGGACAUGACAGCAAACC